AUAAGUAAUAAGCUUCUCUUUCUCUUCAUACAUAACUUAAGCCCCUUGUAUUGGGAAAAACAAAGAUGGCAAGUUUCAACAUGGAAUACUAUCUUCCAAUAAUGGUUAUGGUGCUCAUACAGUUUAUAUAUUCAGGUAUGACUCUUGGGACAAGAAUUGCCCUUUUGGAGGGUAUGAGUCCAAGGGUAUUUGUGGUAUAUCGUCAUGCUUUUGCAACUAUUUUUCUUGCUCCCAUUGCUUAUAUAUCUUCAAGGAGAAACUCGAUCUCUUGUUCCUUGAAUUUAAAGAGUUUUUCAUGGAUAUUCCUGAAUUCAUUGAUUGGCAUUACAUUGUAUCAAAAUCUAUAUUUUGAGGGUCUCUAUCUAUCUUCUUCUUCAAUUGCAAGUGCCAUGAUCAAUCUUAUUCCUGGAGUUACAUUUAUAAUAGCAGCUUUUGUAGGAAUGGAGAAAGUAAAUAUUAGAAGUUUGAGAACUAUUGCCAAAAUAGUUGGGACAAUUGUAUGCAUUAGUGGAGCUUUGUUUAUAGUAUUGUUGAAGGGUCCAAAACUACUAAAUCUAGAGAACUUGCCUUCAAAAUCAAUCAUGGCUGGAAGUGAUGAGAAUUGGUUGCUAGGAUGUAUUUUUCUUUUGGGAAGUAGUGUUGCCUGGUCAGUUUGGCUCAUUUUACAGAUUCCCGUUUACAAAAGUCAUCCAAAUUAUUUAUCACUCUCAUCUUGGAUGUGUUUAAUUUCAACCUUACAAUCAGCAGUAGUGACAGUCUUCUUGGAGCCAGACCUUAAUGCAUGGAAGAUAAAUUCUCUACUUCAAUUUGGUUCCACUUUAUAUGCUGGAAUAAUGGGAUCAGCGGUUAUGUUUUGUCUUCAAGCAUGGUGCAUAACACAGAGAGGACCUCUUUUCUCAGCAAUGUUUAGUCCUCUUGUGACAGUGAUUGUGACUGUAUUGGCUGCUUUGCUACUUCAUGAGGAAAUAUAUAUUGGAAGCUUGAUAGGUGCAAUUGGAGUAAUUAUUGGUUUGUAUAUUGUGCUUUGGGGUAAAGCUGGAGAUAUAGUUGAUGUCAAGGAAAAGAUAGAUCCCAAAUUGAUGGCUAAUGAAAAUGAGGAAGUGACACAUUUGAUUAAUGAUUCUUGUGGAAAAGAAAACUAUAAAAUUGGUUUGGAAGAACCUCUUUUACAUGAUGAAUCUACUUCACGCUUUUGAUGAAAUAACUUUGAGUUAAAACUCAAGAAUGUCACACUAGUUUUUUUUUUUUACUUUGAUUGUUUAAUAUGAAAUUAUGAAUUUUAUUUAUUUAUUUAUUGUGAAAAACUACAACAACCUGUUAUGUAUGGCAUAAUAUAGCAAUUAAGAAUAAUGAAGUUAAUUCAGUCUAACUAUACAUAAUUCACAUGUAACAAAAUUAACACACCCAUGGUUAUAUAAAAUCUUAGUAUGUACACAUACUCGAUAGACAAGUCUCACUAAGAAGGAUUCUUAUAUUAUUAAAUCAAAUAUUUUGGUUUAGGGACCAAUUUUAUUAGAAAGUACACGUCGCUAGCUUUCCAACAAUAUAAAGUUUGCGCGAAACGGACUUACGACGCAAAAAUUACGAAUUUCUAAAGUUGCUGAUUUUUGCACUUUUGCCCAGGGUAACCGGUUACUGGCAUGCAAAAUGCCCUGUAACGCAAUUUUCUACAGAGUAACCGGUUACCCAGAAGCCAGUAACCGA